GGAACAAAGAUGGCGGUUCGCAAUCACCAAGCGAAGUUUGCAUGAAAAAAGCUAGUUAUCUCAUAAAAUACUCGUCGAAGCUAAAUUUAAAAGACCAGUGAACAUUUUUAGGACAUUAGAGAACCUUUUAAAUUGUUCAUCAGAGAUUUAACGGCAGGAGUUGACCGAUAAAAUGAAGUUGACAGCAGAUCUUAUACUGCAAAGUCCGCAGUACACAAAUGCAUUAAGAGAUAGAGAACUGGAUUUGCGAGGUUAUAAAAUCCCCGUGAUUGAAAAUCUUGGAGCGACUUUGGACCAGUUUGAUACCAUUGAUAUGUCAGAGAAUGACAUCCGCAAACUGGAGGGAUUUGCAUUACUCAAGAGAUUGAAAAGCCUUCUUUUAAACAACAACAGAAUAUGUCGUAUUGCAGAACAUUUAGAGGAGAGUCUACCAAACUUAGAAACUAUUGUUAUGACAUCAAAUAACAUGCAAGAAUUGAAAGACCUGGAUCCAUUGAAGUCUGUUAAAAGUCUCCAGUACCUCAGUUUGCUUCGAAACCCAGUAACUAACAAACCUCACUACAGAUUAUAUGUCAUCAACAAAUUGCCGCAGCUAAGAGUGUUGGACUUUCAGAGAAUAAAACAACGGGAAAGGGAAGCUGCCAAGCGAAUGUUCAGCGGUAAACGAGGACAAGAAGGAAGUCAAAAGGGAAGAAAGGCUAAGACGUUUGUUCCUGGGGGACCACCUGUUGGAACAAGGCCUUUACCAAGCAAACCUCUUCCAUCCCCCACUAAAGACAUUGCUGCAAUCAAGGCUGCCAUUGCAAACGCACGCUCUCUGGAUGAAGUGCAAAGACUUGAGAUGUUAUUAAAAGCUGGUCAGGUGCCUGGAGGAAACAAACCGAAUAAUAAUGUUGAUGAAGAGAUGGAAGACAUGUCAAAUGGCACAUGAGCAAACUCUGUAUCAGACUGUAUCAUUAUCAGUGUUACUUCAUUCUUUUUUUUGUCUAUCGACUAUGUGGUCAGCCUGAGAAAAAGGCAGCAGUCCAUUGAAACUGGAAAUAUUUAUGCUUCCCUCAAAGAUAUUGUGGAAUGUUGCUUAGUUUCAAUAGCCUUUGUUGGGCAUAUCACUGAAUACUUCAUCUUACAUUUGUGCAAUCAUUCCCUCCAAGGCAACAUAGUGUUGUGUAACAACUAAACCAAAAGUUUCUUUCUUACCUUGUCGAUAUAAAGCUUUUUUGUUUUUGAAGUUGAAAAUGAUUUGUCAUUCUAAACAUGAAAAAAUGAGAAUACAUGCAAGUGUUGUAUAUUAUGAAAGGUAGAGAUAUGCAUUUUUCUGUUAAGAGACUGAACUUCAGAUGGAAUUACCCUAUAUUUCUAGAUAUUCUUUGAACUACUUUUACCUUCCUUCGUGUAAAAUAAAUAACCUGUAUGUGUAUCCUUUCUUAUUGGCAAUUGUCUCUUACUUGCAUGUUUUUGUAGAAAAUAAAAUCAGUGUUAAAAUGCU